AUGAGAUUUAAAUCGCGCUAUGUUAACCUAGGUGUACUACUCCUGGUGUUUUUAUUUUGCAUGAACAAAUGUAAGGGGUACAUUCUAAACAUAAAUGUUGUGGAUAAGGAUGACUUGUUUAUUUUUUUGUACAAAAAUGAGCAUUUGUUAGCGGCCAGUUACUACAAUUUUAAGCCGUCGUAUUUUUUUUCCGUCGAGGAAGGCGAAAUAAACAUUGACAUGACAAUCACCUUCCGGGAGAACAAACUGGUGAAGAAAAAAAACAAAAAUCAAGAAAUUUUGGCAAAGGCAAAUAAAAACUCCAUUAACAUUCUGAACAACUUCAAUGUGGACAGAGAGUAUUUUCACAAAAAGGGAAUCACAAGGAGGGGAGCAGAGACGAAGGAGUCUUCUAAGAUCAUCGAGGGAACAUCCAACUCGGAGGAUUACACAAAUGGGAAUAUCAACAAUGAAGGAAGCACAGGGAGGAAUAACUCCAAGUCGAAAAAUCUUUUCCUUGUUCUGAUAACGGCGGACCAAUGGCUCAACUACAUAAGGCUGAAGAAUAAACUGGAGCCGUCCUUAAAAAACGAAGAAAAUUAUAUUUUUACGUCCCAUUUUAAUUGCAUUAAAAGAUACCCACUAGAAGAAGGCAACAUAAAAAAAAAAAUACAAAUUAGCCAGAAGAACAGAUAUAUGUUGUUCCUGAUAAAUAAUAACAAAUUAAAAAUUGACUUAAAAGGAAACAUCGUUUUUUAUGAUUACAAAACGAAACAUUUGUCUCAUGACUUUCUUUUCAUUCCCAAUGUGCUUUACCUUACCACCUACAUUUUGCUACUUCUGGUUGUCAUUCUUACAUUAUAUUUUAUUAAGUACCGGGAGAAAACGGACAUUUUUAUGAUCCUAAAUAUGCUUUUUUUUCUCCUCUCCACUUAUUUUAAUUACAAAAACGUGAGCUUUAUUCGGGAACGGGGGUACAUGUACCUUUAUUUCUGGGUGUCGGCAAACAUUUUGAAGAAAAUCCAGGAAAUAAUUUCCUUCAUCAUAUAUCUGCAGGUCUCCCUGGGUGACAUGUACAUUCGAAGUCACCUAAGCCGAAUAGAGAUUCAGUUCAUGAUUUGUUUUUCCGUCAUUUCGUUUUAUACGGGCAUAUUUGAAAUAUUUCUGGGGAACUUCCAGGCCCCGCGGUACAUACUACAAGCCUUCGCCUACCUGUUCAUCUUCAUUGCGAUUAACUUCACGUCGACGUUCCUUUCGGCCCGCCUAUCAGAAGAAAACUUAUCCUUUCACGUCGCAGAGCUGUAUAAGAAAUAUGACAUUUAUAAGUAA